UCAGUGGUGUGCUGUGUCCCUCAGACACAGCUGAUCACUGAUCCACAGAAAGAGCCGAAGAUGUCGGCUCGGUCAUCCCCAGCAGUGCCACCUGUCAGUGUUCACCAGUGCCAGCUCUCAGUUCUCAUACAUGCCACCUGCCAGUGCCCAUCAGUGCCACAUUUCAGUGCCCAUCAGUGCCACAUCAAUGCCACAUAUCAGUGCCCUUCUGUGCUGCCUUUCAGUGCCACCCAUCAGUGCCAGUCAGUGCCACCUAUCAAUGCUAGUCAGUGCCACCUAUCAGUGCCACCUAUCAAUGCCAGUCAGUGCCACCUAUUAGUGCUGCCAAUCAGUGCCGCCUAUCAGUGUGCAUCAGUGCCACCUAUCAGUGUCUGUCAGUGGUGCCUAUCA